UCUUCUUCUUGUCAUUGUGUGCGUCAAUAUUCGCGCAUGCGCAUAACAUACCUCGUGAACUUCUGACGGUUUCACUCUACUUAUUAAAAAACCUGAUACAUAAUACAUAUGUAUGAUCAUAUAUAUCCAAGUUUACGUCAUUACCGAGUUGAUUACCAAGUGCAUUAUAAAUUUACAAUUGUUAUUCAAAUAUUUAUAUUAUUGAAAGUCAAUAGAUUACAAGUCGGAGUUUUAUUUUGUAUUUUUCAGGGGUCAAAUGGAGAAGUCAGGAGCAUCAGAUAUUGUUAUCGUGUCUGGAAAUUCCCAUCCAGAGCUUGCAGAGUUAAUUGCAAAUCGUCUCGGAGUGAAAAAUGGUGGCUGUACAGUCUAUCAUAAAACAAACCGCGAAACAAUGGUUGAAAUUGGUGAUUCAGUACGUGGAAAAGAUUUAUAUAUAAUACAAACAGGCACCAAGGAUGUUAACAAUAACAUUAUGGAAUUAUUAAUAAUGGCAUAUGCCUGUAAAACAUCAUCAGCUAAAAAUAUAAUCGGUGUUAUUCCAUAUUUGCCAUACUCAAAACAAUGUAAAAUGCGCAAACGUGGUUGCAUUGUAUCGAAAUUGUUGGCUAAAAUGAUGUGUAAAAGUGGAUUGACGCAUAUUAUAACAAUGGAUUUACAUCAAAAAGAGAUACAAGGGUUUUUUGAUUGUCCAGUAGACAAUUUGAGAGCAAGUCCAUUCCUUUUGCAGUAUAUACAAGAGAGUAUUCCUGAUUAUAGAAACUCUGUGAUUGUUGCAAAAAAUCCAGGCAGUGCAAAAAAAGCAACAAGUUAUGCGGAAAGAUUACGUGUUGGUAUUGCUGUUAUCCAUGGUGAACAAAGAGAAUCAGAAUCAGAUAUGAAUGAUGGGCGUAAUUCACCACCAUCUGUUUUAUUGUCGUCAAGAACAAUGGAAGUUGGUGUUGGUGUACCAUCGCAUCCAGCCAAAGAAAAACCACCAAUCAAUGUUGUUGGUGAUGUCAGUGGACACAUUGCUAUCAUGGUUGACGAUAUGGUUGAUGAUGUACAGUCAUUCGUUGCUGCUGCUGAAUUACUUAAAGAACGAGGUGCUUAUAGAAUUUAUGUUCUGGCAACUCAUGGAUUAUUAAGCUCAGAUGCACCAAAAUUAAUUGAAGAAUCUGAUAUUGAUGAGGUUGUUGUAACAAAUACAAUCCCUCAUGAAAUUCAAAAGAGUCAAUGCUCUAAAAUUAAGACAGUUGACAUAAGCAUUUUGAUGGCUGAAGCAAUUCGUCGUAUUCACAAUAAAGAAUCAAUGUCAUAUCUCUUCCGAAAUGUAACUACUGAAGAUUAAAAAAACAAGUUUUCACAUAUAAAUUCUUCAGAAUAAAAAUAAAAAAUUAUAAUAGAUGUCAAAUUUUUGAGAAAACACUAUAUUUAAGUGUAUACAUAAUUAAUCAAUGCAAUACGAAAAUUGAAAAAAAAAUACAUUAAUGCAGUGAGUUUUGAGAAAGAAGAAAUAAAAAAAAAAAAAAGAUAAAAUGAAAUCAUGACGGCAAACAUAGAGUAUUGAAGAGUAAACAAAUUUAUAAAAACGUUACCGAUAACAAUGAAAACACUGGUUCGUUUUAGGGACCACGUCAGGAUCACUUUCAUUUCUUGAUUUUUCUAUCGAUAUUUUUAUAUAAAUUAUUUUUCUCCAAUAGUCAAGAUGAUCAAUAUGAUUGGAAGAAAAAAAAAUAUAUAAUGCACUAACAAACAGUGUAUAUAUAUAUAUAUAUAUAUAUAUAAAGCGUGUGUGUUUCAAUUAUUAUCGUGAAUUAAGACAAUUUCCGUUUACCUAAGUUAUCUUUAUAUAAUUUUUUAUAAGCUUUUUGGUUUAUUAUUAUUUUUAUCUUUAUUUGUUAUUUUCAUUGGCAUUAUAAUAAGAUUAUUUACUUUUCUUAAUUUACUUUUUCUUGUUUGAUUAUUAAAAAAAAUAAAUUUGUAUAACUUUAUAAGUACAAAAAAACCUCGUCAAAAUAAAUAAUAAAAAAAAAUUAAUUAGAUUGUAAAAAUAGAAAUAUUAAAUAAAAUAAAAAAUGCAAAAAAAAUGAAAUCGGUUAUGCAAGCAUGUCAUAUAAAAUUGCUAAAAAAUAUUCAUCAAUGUGAGACUAAAUUUAGAAAAAAAAAAGUUAGAACUAGGUAUUUUUUUUUUUCAAAUAAUAAUUUUUUUAAAAUACAAAGAUCAUUGUACUGUAAAUAAAAAAAAAAAAUAAACAUUUAAGUUGCCAUGACACCAAUAAAAUAAGUCCUUAGCAACUUAAAAGUUACAUCAAUGAAACAAAUUAAAUAAUUUUAAUUUACUGUAUCUUAAUCAAAAUAAAGUAAUAAGUUUAAUUCAAAAAUUAUUUUUCUCUUGAAAGAAAAACAAAAAGAUAUGUCAAGGUUGUUUGAACUUCACGUAAGUAAAAUAUGCUCAUCUCUUCAUUCGGAAGACAAAAAAAAACGUCUAAAAGCUUUGGAAAAACUUGAUAAUAUCGUCACAAAUAAUGAAAAUAAUUGGAAUGAAUGUGAAUUAUCAGAAAUAUGGAAAAUAAUAAAUAAAUAUAUAACAAAAAACGUAUCAGAUGAAUCAGAAUUAUGUAGAAAUUUAUCGAUUGAUAUAAUAAAAAAAUUUCUUGAAGUACUA